AUGAAAGACGACGCAGACGAAGGUGAUGCCGGGAAGGAUUCAGCACACGGCUCACCCAUUCGUGGCGAUCGGAAAGUGGAUCGAUUCCUACGUACUGUCACAGGACACGAUCUGCGCUGUGUGUCGUCAUUCGAUGGCUUCGUGAACCAGUGUAUGUACCGCCCGGUCGACGGAGCCGCACUCGGUGUGGCCCGCAUUCUGUUCGGACUGGCCAUGCUGAUCGACAUUCCCGAGGAACGAGGUGGUGGCGACUUGGACCUCCGCUGGGGUGAGCCUCGUGACUGUCGGUUUCCGUUGAUCCACUCGAUGGAACCGCCAACUCUACCGCGCAUGGGACUCGUUUACGGCGCGAUGUGGCUCGGGGUGGCAGGCGUGGCGCUCGGUUACCGAUUCCGAGUGUCCGCCGCCACCUUCAGCGUCACCUAUUGGUAUGUGUUUCUGCUGGACAAGAGCGCCUGGAACAAUCACAGCUACCUCUACGGAUUGCUGGGAACGAUUUUUCUAUUCACCGAUGCACACCGCUGCUGUUCCAUCGAUGCCUGGCGAGAUUCGGCGUCCGGACAGUGCGUACCGUUCUGGAACUACUUCAUCCUAAAGUUUCAGUUCUUCGUGCUGUACUUUAUCGCCGGGCUGAAGAAGCUGUGCCACGAGUGGCUGUCCGGGUACGCGAUGACCAACCUCAGCUAUCAUUGGGUGUUUGUCCCUUUCCGGGCGGUGCUCGGAGCACAGCUGACGGAUCUGCUGAUUGUCCACUGGUUCGGCUGCCUUUUCGAUACGACCGUUGUGUUUUUCUUGAUCUACGCACCAACGCGAAGGGUGGCCACCGCGUUUGCCAGUGCGUUCCAUCUGAUGAACUCGAGGCUGUUUCAUAUCGGCAUGUUUCCGUGGGUUUGUCUGACUCAACUUCCGCUCUACUAUAGCGUCAGCUGGCCGAGACGAAUUCUUUCCCGUGAGCCACGUCCAGCUCCGGUAACUGCGAAGGAAACGGAAGCUAAACCGCAGAACGACACACGUGGAAGCUGCGGCAGGCCAAACCAUCAUCGUCGUCGCAAACGAUGGAAAAUGGCCAUCAUGCUGGCGUACUGCUCGCUGCAGCUGUUUCUACCUUACUCGCACUUUCUCAGUCCAGGCUACAACAACUGGACCAACGGACUUUACGGCUACUCAUGGGACAUGAUGGUACACGCCUGGGAUACGACCAUGAUUGGGGUGCGGGUGGAGGAUCGCAACAAUCCGGGCCGGGUGCAGUAUGUAGCGCCUUACGCAUUCACAGACAACGAUCGUUGGACCAAACAUGCCGACAUGGCGGUGCAGUUCGCGCGGUGCGUCGAGCGGAACCUGCAGCUUGAGCAGCCGUGGAGUCCCGAAAGAAAAGUGACCCCCCGGCCAGUGAUGAAUAUUUCCGUUUACUUCGAUAUUUGGUGUAGCAUGAAUUCCAGGUUCCAGCAGCGGAUCUUCAAUCCGAACGUGGACAUCCUGCGUGCCCCGUGGUCACCUUUCGAGUCGGUCGAAUGGGUUUUGCCACUGUUGCAGCAGUUCACCGUUCACCGGACAGAUAUGCGGCGCCUAACGGACACAGUUCUUGGUUGGAGCAACCACUCGGAUGUGAUGUUUAUCGCCGAUUUUCCCGGUCUAACGCUUCGCAACUAUGUGGCCAACGAGUUGUACAACGUUUCUUUAACCGUGCUGAAUGGGACGGUGCGGGUUGAGACGGGCACCGAUGAGGCCGCGGACACUUUCCAACCGAAAACCAGGAUGGUUCUCAAGUCCGGCCAAAGUGCAUCAGUGCGGCCGGGAAGUUUCCAUUCGAUCGAAACGAUCGGCAGAGAACCGUCGUGUUACAUGUACACAUACGUAAACCGUACCAAAGAAUUGCUCGAAGAGAUUUCGAACGGUGUCAAAGGGAAGCGCUCCGUAGCAAUGUUGCCAUUGCGUGAAGAAUUUCUUCAUCGGUGGGAAAACUUUGUCCGAUUCACGCAAAACGUAGGCAACUCAUUUCUGUACGAAGUUUACGGGGUUCCCAUGCCAAGGCGCUUGAAGGAACUCGUAUUGGAUUGUUAGUAACCAGAGUAAUGAGGCAUUUGUGUUGUAAUGUGAU